UUGAUAGGUACUAAAAUGGCGACACUUAAAUUCUAAAGCUAGCUAGUGCGGUAGGCUUAAUUUUGGUGGUAGAAGGAAAGGAAACAGGGAGUUGUGGGUUAAGGUUGGGGAAGGUGGAGGAAAUAGGAAAAUCUGGAUAUGGAGCAAUAGUGGCUGAGGGCCUCAACUAGAGCUAAGGGCCUCGAUUUCUCCCACCUCAAAGCUGUUGGCCACUGGCCUCACCUUCUCACAGUGAAAUCAUGAAGGUAGUGAACCUGAAGCAAGCAAUUUUGCAAGCCUGGAAGGAGCGAUGGAGUGACUACCAGUGGGCAAUCAACAUGAAGAAAUUCUUUCCCAAAGGAGCCACCUGGGACAUUCUCAACCUAGCAGAAGCACUACUGGAGCAGGCCAUGAUUGGACCUUCCCCCAAUCCUCUCAUCCUGUCCUACCUGAAGUAUGCCAUUAGUUCCCAGAUGGUAUCCUACUCCUCUGUCCUCACAGCCAUCAGCAAGUUUGAUGACUUCUCCCGGGACCUGUGUGUUCAGGCUUUGCUGGAUAUCCUGGACAUGUUUUGCGACCGGUUGAGCUGUCACGGCAAAGCUGAGGAGUGCAUCGGGCUGUGCCGGGCCCUGCUCAGCGCCCUCCACUGGCUACUUCGCUGCACUGCAGCCUCUGCAGAGUGGCUCCGGGAAGGGCUGGAGGCCGGCUCACCUGCUGCUGGGGAGAAGCAGCUUGCCUUGUGCCUACAGCGUCUGGAGAAGAUCCUCAGCAGCACCAAAAACCGGGCUCUGCUCCAUAUUGCCAAGCUAGAGGAGGCCUCAUUGCAUACAUCCCAGGGACUUGGGCAGGGUGGCACCCGAGCCAAUCAACCAACAGCUUCCUGGACCGCCAUUGAGCACUCCCUCUUGAAGCUUGGGGAAAUAUUGGCCAAUCUCAGCAACCCCCAACUCCGGAGCCAGGCCGAGCAGUGUGGUGCACUCAUUAGGAGCAUCCCCACCAUGCUGUCCGUACACUCUGAGCAGCUGCACAGGACAGGCUUCCCCACGGUGCAUGCGGUGGUCCUGCUCGAGGGCACCAUGAACUUGACAGGCGAGACACAGCCACUGGUGGAGCAGCUGAUGAUGGUGAAACGCAUGCAGCAUAUCCCCACCCCACUUUUUGUCCUGGAGAUCUGGAAAGCUUGUUUUGUGGGACUCAUUGAGUCCCCCGAGGGAACAGAGGAGCUCAAGUGGACAGCUUUCACCUUCCUCAAGAUUCCACAGGUUUUGGUGAAGUUGAAGAAAUAUUCUCAUGGAGACAAGGAUUUUACGGAGGAUGUUAACUGUGCUUUUGAGUUUCUGCUGAAGCUCACACCCUUAUUGGACAAAGCUGACCAGCGCUGCAAUUGUGACUGUACAGACUUCCUACUCCAGGAGUGUAGCAAGCAGGGGCUUCUGUCUGAAGCCUGUAAGGACAACCUUAUGGCCAAGCGUGCGGCAGAUCGGGAACAUGCGCCUCAGCUGAAAUCAGGAGAAAAUGCCAACAUCCAGCCCAACCCUGGGCUCAUCCUCCGCGCAGAGCCCACCGUUACCAACAUCCUCAAGACAAUGGAUGCAGAUCACUCCAAGUCCCCAGAGGGGCUGCUGGGGGUCCUGGGCCACAUGCUUUCUGGGAAAAGUCUGGACUUGCUGUUGGCUGCUGCAGCUGCUACUGGAAAACUCAAAUCCUUUGCCCGGAAAUUCAUCAAUUUGAAUGAAUUCACGACGCAUGGCAGCGAAGAGUCCACCAAAGCAGCAUCAGUUCGAGCCUUGCUUUUUGACAUCUCCUUCCUUAUGCUGUGCCACGUGGCCCAGACUUAUGGUUCAGAGGUGAUUCUGUCAGAGUCCAGCACAGGAGUAGAGGUGCCUUUCUUUGAGACCUGGAUGCAGACCUGCAUGCCUGAAGAGGGCAAAAUCCUGAACCCUGACCACCCAUGCUUCCGGCCUGACUCCACCAAAGUGGAGUCUCUGGUGGCCCUGCUCAACAACUCCUCAGAGAUGAAGCUGGUGCAGAUGAAGUGGCAUGAAGCCUGUCUCAGCAUCUCGGCAGCCAUCUUGGAAAUUCUCAAUGCCUGGGAGAAUGGGGUACUGGCCUUCGAGUCUAUCCAGAAAAUCACAGAUAAUAUCAAGGGAAAGGUAUGCAGUCUGGCGGUGUGUGCUGUGGCUUGGCUUGUGGCCCAUGUGCGGAUGCUGGGGUUGGAUGAGCGUGAAAAGUCGCUGCAGAUGAUCCGCCAGCUGGCAGGGCCACUGUACAGUGAGAACACCCUGCAGUUCUACAAUGAGAGGGUGGUGAUCAUGAGCUCAAUCCUGGAGCACAUGUGUGCCGACGUGCUGCAGCAGACCGCCACGCAGAUCAAGUUCCUGUCCACAGGCGUGGACACCAUGCCCUACUGGAACCUGCUGCCUCCCAAGCGACCCAUCAAGGAGGUUCUGACCGACAUAUUUGCCAGGGUGCUAGAGAAGGGUUGGGUGGACAGCCGCUCCAUCCACAUCUUUGACACCCUGCUGCACAUGGGAGGUGUCUACUGGUUCUGCAACAACCUGAUUAAGGAGCUACUGAAGGAGACACGGAAGGAGCACACGCUUCGGGCAGUGGAGCUGCUUUACUCCAUCUUCUGUCUGGAUAUGCAGCAGGUGACCCUGGUCCUGCUGGGCCACAUCCUGCCCGGCCUGCUUACUGACUCUUCCAAGUGGCACAGCCUCAUGGACCCUCCUGGCACUGCCCUGGCCAAGCUUGCUGUCUGGUGUGCACUGAGUUCCUACUCCUCCCACAAGGGACAGGCGUCCUCCCGCCAGAAGAAGAGACAUCGCGAAGACAUUGAGGAUUACAUCAGCCUCUUCCCCUUGGACGACAUGCAGCCCUCCAAGCUGAUGCGCCUGCUGAGCUCCAACGAGGAGGACACCAACAUCCUUUCUAGUCCCACUGACCGUUCCAUGAGCAGCUCCCUUUCAGCCUCCCAGCUCCACACGGUGAACAUGAGAGACCCUCUGAACCGAGUCUUGGCUAACCUGUUCCUGCUCAUCUCCUCCAUCCUGGGCUCGUGCACCGCUGGCCCCCACACGCAGUUUGUGCAGUGGUUCAUGGAAGAGUGUGUGGACUGUCUGGAGCAGGGCAGCCGGGGCAGCAUCCUGCAGUUCAUGCCCUUCACCACUGUGUCAGAACUGGUGAAGGUGUCAGCCAUGUCCAGCCCCAAGGUGGUUCUGGCCAUCUCGGACCUCAGCCUGCCCCUAGGCCGCCAGGUGGCUGCCAAGGCCAUUGCUGCACUCUGAAGGAUCUGGUAUGGCUGCAGGGGCUGGCUGGGCAGGAUCCUGGCCCCAGGCACCUCAAAAGGGGUCACUGAGGAGAGAUGAGACAUCAUUGCUCAUAUCCACAUGACGAAAGAGCUUUUUGUUGAUUUCCAGAUCUUUCCCCUACUCCUGACUUCUGACCUCCUGGACAUCUCCCAGUGUCAUUCUUUCAUAAUUUCCUCUCCUUGCUGCCAGUUCCUGAAAUGCGAGCAGCCCCAUUCCUUAGCUCAGAACGGUUACACCACAUCCAUUUCACGCACUCUGCCUUACUUUCCAGAGUAGAUAUCCCUCUGAGGUGCUGUGUGAGUGCUGAAUAUCUAUUUGUAUAUGUAUUUGUGUGUAUGCAUAUGUAUGUAAUAUAUAUAUAUAUAUAUUUUUUUUUUUGUACUACUUGAGAAAAGGUCACCUCAGCUCAUUUAUAAAUAAAAUACUUGUGGAUCCUUUUGUAA